AUGCCAGCUACCUGGCUCGCCGACUCGGAGGCUGAGGACGAUGCGGCAUUGGAGGAGGUGCCCUGCCCUCUGAUAGAGCCACAAUCCCACGGGCCACCCAUCCGACUAUCCUGGCCUCAUGCAGGUCACCCCAGACGCGCUGUUGUGGGCAAGUCGCCGGCUGCUUCCGGAAGGGGCAGCCGCAGCACCGAAGCCUCCCACAAGGCCCAGGUCCCGCACAUCGUUCACGUCUCGCAUCGGGACAUGGAGAUGCAUUACCACCUCACCCGCUCUGUCGUGCCAGACGGGCUUUCUAGGCCAACCCUGGACGUCCCGCUCGCCUGGAACCCUGUGAAGUUGGAGGUCGGGCACCAAGCGCUGUUCGAGUACUUCCAGCACGCCGCCUCCAGGUCGCUUGCCACCUUUGGAUACGGUCCGACGGAUCUGGGCAACACAUUGAUCCGCAUCGCUUUGAACGGUGGCAACAGCACGCCCUCCGCUACCGCAGUGCUUCAAGGGAUUCUCGCGUUCUCUGCGCUUCACCGCCAUGACGUCUACUCACAGGCCAUCGAGCUCAAAAUCUCGGCCAUCGAGACGCUGUCAACCGCUUCUGACAGUAACAUCAGCACCGCCGAAGCCAUGCAGCAUGUGGCCACCGGCAUGUUGUUGUGUUCCUUCGAGAUCCACCAGUUGACUUGCACCUCUAAUGAUUGGACACGGUAUCUCUGCGGCGUGAAAGGACUCAUAAGGGCCACUGGCCUCGAUUCAGCGCCGUACGAUGACGACCUGGCCGCGCUGCUGGACUGGGUCUACUACCACGACGUCCUAGCCCGCUUCAGUUUGCGGCAUUGGCACAGGGAAUCCGCCAGCAAAUCUUCGCGGUCGCCCCUGUCGCCCAGUACCGCGCUGAGCUUGGCGAGCAGCUGCAUGCUCCGGUCGACAUCGCGGCAAAGUAUCCCUGCAGAGCCUUCAAAAUCCUCGCCGCCCGCCUUGGGCUUGAUCGCCCUGCUCUCCGAAGUCUGCGACGCCGUCCCCGCGCGGCUCCCGCCGAUGACGCCAGCCGAGCGGGACGAGUACAAAUCCUUCCUCCAGAUCCUCGACUGGCGGAUCCGCAGCUGGAAGCCACCCAUCCCCGUCACCACCACCGGCUACGACAACAACAGCAACAACACCAGCGACGCAGCCCUCGUCACUGAACUGUUCCAACUAGCAACGCUGAUCUACCUCAACCGCGCGUCAGCGAACACCCUGAACCAGCAGCGCCGCACGCAGCAGCACAUCGACCGGGGCUUCGCCCUGCUCGCGCGGCUGCGCACCUGCGAGCGCCAGUUCCCCGUGCUCGUGCUGGGGUGCGAGGCGGUCGGCGACGAGCAGCGCGCCGUCGUGCUCGACGCCAUCGCCCGCACCGAGCAGAGCGACCGGUCGCGCUCCUUCAACUACGUCCGCCACCUGCUGCAGGCCCUCUGGGCCCAGGACGACCUGGCUGCUGGCGAGCUUGAUUAUGGGGAGAAGCUCAGCUAUGUGCAUAGCGCUCCCUUACACCUGCCAUCCAACAUGCCACGGUACCUGCACCUGAUUGAGAUAUCAUCUCUCCCGCAGUCAUGGCUCCAGUCCUACGGUAGGUCCGCUCCCCGAGCCACCGAGGCGACCGAGGAGGUCUUGUUCGACCCCAACAGCUCUACCCAGUUUCGUCCAAACGGCCCCGGCCUGGUGUUUACCGGCGAGAUGGUGAAUGCGUGGCGCUGGAUGGCGGAGCCAUGGCCGGGGCUUGUGAAGAAGCUGCCGCUCUCCCGGGGUGGUCGUUUCCGCUUGCGCGGCGGGAUGAUGGGCGUGUGA